CCUGCAGAACGCGUGCGUGGGAAUCGAACACUUUCACGCCGUCGUGAAUAAUCGGCAUCUUUCCUAACCACCACUUGCUCGUCUUUGUGCCGUUCAGGGAGCUCACGUGCGUUCCGCAAUCAUCAUCAUCACCAUCAUCCUCCUCCUCACGGUAAAGAGAGAUUGGAGGCAAAGGUGGAGAGAGAGAGUGAGAGCGAGGGAGGAGGGAGAGAGGUGGAGGAAGACAUCCUCCCAUUCGGCGAGCUUUCUGCAGAGAAGCGCGUCGCCGCCGCCACCGCCGCUGCCACCGCGAGAGCUCUCGGCGCAGGAUGCGUUUUUCCCCGCUGGCGUUGUCGUCAUCGUCCGCCUCUCCUCCCGCCAAGUGACUCCCUGUUUCCCGUCCUCCCCAAACAAGCGUCGGCAGAAAGGGAAUAACAUCUGCUUAUCUGCGCCGCUCUAUGUUCCCACGGCAAGCGAGAGAAGAAGCCCAGAGAUCGGCAGCGGCGCCAAAGCGGCAGAGGCGCGAUGCGGGAUUAAGGAGCGUCGGAUUGGGAUUAAGGAGUGCGGCGGGAUCCCCCGAGGCUUUUCCGGACACGUGGGCCGCACCUUCGGAUCGCAGCGCCGGGUCAUGACCCAGUUGCCAUGCGCAUCGCCACGCUGACCUGCCUUCCCGGCCCUUCUUCCCCCUUCCUCUUUGCGCUGCUCUACUCCCUGUUGGCGCUGGUGGUGUUGGUCACCUCGUCCUCAUCCUCGUCGUCCUCGUGCCCGGGCCGCUGCACUUGCUCCAACCAGGCCAGCCGCGUCAUCUGCACCCGCCAGAGCCUGGACGACGUCCCUGACAGCAUAUCCGUCAACACCAGAUACCUCAACCUACAGGAGAACGCCAUACAGGUUAUCAAGUCGGACACCUUCAAGCACCUGCGACACCUGGAGAUCCUCCAGCUCUCCAAGAACCAGAUCCGUCAGAUCGAAGUAGGCGCCUUCAAUGGCCUCCCCAACCUCAACACGCUGGAGCUGUUUGACAACCACCUCACGCUGGUGCCAUCGCACGCCUUCGAGUACCUCAGCAAGCUGCGUGAGUUGUGGCUACGCAACAACCCCAUCGAGACGCUGCCGGGCUACGCCUUCCACCGCGUGCCCUCGCUGCGCCGGCUUGACCUGGGGGAACUUAAGAAGUUGGACUUCAUCUCGGACGCCGCCUUUGUGGGCCUGUUCAACCUGCGUUACCUGAAUUUGGGGAUGUGCGGACUUAAGGACAUCCCCAAGUUGACGGCCCUGGUGCGGUUGGAGGAGCUCGAGCUGUCAGGGAACCGGCUGGAAAUCAUCCGUCCCGGGUCCUUCCAGGGUUUGGUUUUACUCCGAAAGCUGUGGCUCAUGCACUCGCAGGUGUCGGUCAUUGAACGCAACGCCUUCGACGAUUUGAAGAACCUGGAGGAGCUCAACCUGUCCCACAAUUCCUUACACUCACUCCCGCACGAUCUGUUCACGCCGUUGCACAAGCUGGAGCGGGUGCACCUGAACCACAACCCUUGGGUAUGCAAUUGCGACGUGCUUUGGCUCAGCUGGUGGCUGAAGGAGACGGUGCCCAGCAACACCACCUGUUGCGCCCGCUGCCACGCGCCUCCCUUCCUCAAGGGAAAAUACAUCGGCGAGCUGGACCAGAGCCACUUCACCUGCUACGCGCCCGUCAUCGUGGAGCCGCCCACCGACCUCAACGUCACCGAGGGCAUGGCGGCCGAGCUCAAGUGCCGCACCAGUACCUCCACCACGUCAGUCAACUGGAUCACGCCCAACGGUACUCUGAUGACCCACGGCUCGUACCGCGUGCGGAUCUCGGUGCUGCACGACGGCACGCUUAACUUCACCAACGUCACCCUGCGAGAUACGGGCCAGUACACCUGCAUGGUGACCAACGCGGCCGGAAACACCACGGCCACCGCCGUGCUCAAUGUCACCGCCGCGGACGUCAGCGUCAACUACACUUACUUCACGACGGUCACGGUAGAAAGCGUGGAGACUCCGGGAGAAGAAGAGUCUGCUCUGGUGGCUAUCAACGAGACCUUCAUCAGAGUCCUCCCGGUACCGACCCCGUCGGGGCAUCUGUGGCCAGACAGCAUCCCAACGACGGUCUCCUCACUCUCCAUCGACUGGUCGUCCCCCCGCGCCACCCGGCCCACCUUCACUGUGCCCAUCACAGAGCCGGGCUUUUCUGGCCUCGACGACGUGAUCAAGACCACCAAGAUAAUCAUCGGCUGCUUCGUGGCCAUCACUUUCAUGGCAGCGGUGAUGUUGGUGGUCUUCUACAAGCUGAGGAAGCAGCACCAGCUCCACAAGCACCACGGGCCGGCCCGGGCUAUCGAGAUCAUCAACGUGGAGGACGAGCUGAGCGGCGGGGCGGGCGGCCGGGGCGGCGGAGGUGGCAUCUCAGGGGGCGGUGCCUUGACGCAAAGCAGCGGAAUCGGGGGCGGCCAGAGUCUGAGGCGCCACCAUUCGGACGUGGUCACCCUGCCACACUUGACCCGUUCGGAGCACCUCAACUACUACAAGACGCACCACUUUGGCAACAACAUGGUGGGACUGGGUGUCAACAACAACAACAACCCACUGCCUUGCUCACAGAACAUGACCAUGUCCUAUUCCCAAGUGGGCGGCGGCCUGGGGACCUGCGGCACCCUGCCCACACCGGUCCCGCUGCCCCAGCUGAGCCUGCACAGCUCCCUCAAGGGCCUCAUGGCCAAGGGGCAAAACGAGCCUCUGCUUUUUAAGAGCGGCUCCAAGGAAAACGUACAGGAGACCCAAAUCUGAUGGAAAUCGGAACACCCCGUGUAGCCCCACGUCGUCGUUGAAGGUGGGGCUUCAUCUGCGGACGACCGCUUCCCCCGCCCCCUCCGCCUCAUCGAGCACACGCUCCCACCCUCAUUCAGGUGACAAGCAGCUCUAGUUAUUGCCAAAGUCCCAAGUCAAGCCAACUGAAUGGACGCCGCAAUUUUUUGUGGAUUAUUUCUACGGACCGCACGGCUGGUCGGAAUAAUGGAAUGCAUCUCCACGUGGCUUCAUGGACAAACCAGAGCUAAAAAAAAAAAAAAAAAAAAAAAAAAAAAAAGAAAAAAAAAAAGGGGG